AUGAUAGAGGAGAGAGAGGUUGCCUCAUGCGUUGUGAUCAACUCAGCCAUAGCCCGCUGCAGUCUACCAAAAAUCUAUGACUGGGGCACCAAGACUGUCUAUUUCCAACCACAAUCGAAAGGUGCCAAUGACGAGAAGGCAUUCGUGGGAUACAUCUAUUUUGUGCCACCUACAUUAGACCCGCAGAGGUUGGACAUUGGUAGUCUCUACGAAUGGUACAAAAAUCCAAUGCCAAGCUAU